AUGUCUGACCGGGGCGCCUUUCGCGGGGGGUUCUCUCGCUCCGGAGGCCGUGGCGGGGGACGCGGAGGUGGCCGCGGUGGCCAGAGAGCCGGCGGCGCAGGACAUCAGCAGUCGCAGCAGCAAGGACAACAGCAAGAAAAGCCAAAGAAGGAAAACAUCCUGGAUCUAACUAAGUACAUGGAUAAAGAGGUGUACGUGAAAUUCAGCGGCGGAAGGGAAGUUUCCGGUACCCUAAAGGGCUACGACCAGCUUAUGAAUCUUGUUCUGGAUGAUGUAAAAGAGACUAUGCGAGAUGACGAAGGUAAUGAGACGACACGUUCUCUGGGGCUCAUUGUUGCACGCGGAACGCUUCUGGUUCUAAUUUCCCCCGUUGAUGGGAGUGAAGAAAUUGCCAACCCUUUCCUCCCGCAAGAGGAAGAAUGA